UCAGUACUAGGCGCCACCACUGUCACCGAAAGACCACGACCAGUCCCUUCACUACAGCUAUGAUGCCGGACGCACCAAUGCUAGACAGAACAACACAUUUCACUGCUCAAACAUUGAUGCAUUUGGUCCACUUCUCCACAGCCCCAGACUUGCAUAAGAUUCCUCCUCUGACCUUUCUAUUCUCUAACCAUACCACAACUUGAAUAGAGUCUCAUCACCUUGACUUUACUUUACCAACUUCCAACUUCCAACCCCACUAGUCCUCAGAUUUCCAACAUGAACUUCUUCACAACCAUCCUGAUGGUCCUAGCCGCCCUCGCUUCUCUCACGAUGGCUAAUUCUGAUCACAAGGAGCCAGGAAAAGACCCAAGUAAGGAGCCGAGCUGUGGCGCUCCCUUUUGUAAGCGGGCUGAGGCUCUGGCUCGAGCCAAGGCUUCUGUCCUCGCUGAGCAUGAAGCAAAGAUGGCGGCUAUUGCUAUGCUUACUGCUACUUCCCAUGUCGCGGGUUCUGAAGCAAGCAGUCUGGCUGACUAGCUGGCAACAGUCUGAUGGUGUCCAUUACGAUGUCGGCUCUGAGGGCAAUGCCCUGGGAAUGAGGAUAUUUGUGGAGCAUCACGAUCUCUCUUG